AUGGUUGCCCAGAAGCUAAGUGACAUUAAUCAUCUUACAGGCGAAGGCCAUUUUGAUGUUAUAGCAGAAAAGCUUGCCUGUGAUGGGUUCGAUGAACUUCCAGUGGAUAAGGCUGUGGGAGUAGAAUCAACAUUUGAGGAGCUAUGUUCAUGCUUUGAGAACAAUCGGGUAGGCAAAACAACCCUACUGAAUAAAUUCAACAACAAUGUCCUCUCAAAGAAAGCAAUCGAUGCAGUCAUCUGGGCUGUGGCGUCUAAAGAUGUAGAUGAAGGAAAAAUUCAAGAAGCCAUUGGGAAGAAAUUGCAUGUCAGAGAUGACGAAUGGAAUGUUAAGACGGUGGAUGACAAAGCUCUUUUGUUAUACAACAUCUUAAAGAACAAGAAAUUUGUGUUGUUAUUAGAUGAUGUGUGGGCAAGGAUUGACUUGUUGAAAUUGGGGGUUCCUUCUCCAAAAAAUCAUGCUCGGUCGAAAGAGUUAUGUCGCCUAAUGGAUGCACAGAGAGUCAUCAAAGUAAACUGCCUCACACCAGAUAAAGCAUUUGAGUUGUUCAAGGAUAAAGUUGGUGGGAAAAUUCUUGAAAGCCCUCAUAUAUUGCCUCUUGCAAAGCAAGUGGUGAAAGAAUGUAAAGGCUUGCCACUUGCUCUUUGUACUGUUGGACGUGCCAUGGCUAACAAGGAGACUCCCAAUAAAUAG